GGUCUUUUAACAUCCGAGGACCACAUUCUUUGUGCUUUCCAAAUCAUCACCUGCCCCAUGCAACUUACAGGAGCCCAGUCAUAUGCGUUAGCUGCAAAGGAAGCUGAAAAUCUAUUAGGAACUUUUGUCUUCAAAAAUGAGAGGCCUGUCCUCCACCAAGAUCCAUAGGAAAUGGAAUCCAAGAAACCACAGGAAGGGGUGAGGUGACUGGGCAGCUCACAGCAUGCAUGCUACAUGUGAAUUAUCUCAUUCAUUUCUCACACUACCCAGUGAGGUAGGUAUUGUCAUCUCUACUUCAUAAAUGAUGAUAUGAGGUACAGAAAGUUUGAGGAACUUGCCCAGGACACGACACGCAGCUAUUAAGUGCUAGACCCAGUCAAUUUGAGUCUGACUUGGACUGUCUGACUCCAGAAGCCACCCUCUCAGACACUGCUGUAUACUUCCAGUGAAUGUUGAUGAAAUUUUCAGGGUUGCUAAGCUGUGGAUUUCAGAUCCUGGAUUGUAUGACCUAAAAGAGAGACUUCCCUAGGAGUGAGGGUCCCUGAACAGUCAACUGGUUUCCAAGAAUGGGCUCCCUCUCAUCACCUUAUGACAGUAAUCCUCUGUCCAACAGCCAAAGAGGUCCUGUGGGGAGGGCUUGCAGAUGGGAGUGCGCAGAGCCCAGCUCAAAGCUCCUGACUAGGCUCUUGUUGAGUAUUCCUUUGAUUCCUGCUUCUGUCUUUUUAAAUCAAUGGAGACAGGGGAGGGUUAUCUCCAUCCUUGGCUCAAGAUGAAAUUCAUCCUUCCUCGUUUUUCUCAUUCCUUCCCAAUGUGUGUACUGUUAACUUUAGUUAUGAAGGAAAUUACAGUGUCCUGUGCAUAUACCAAGGUUGUCCAACCUCCACACCUUUGCUCAAGCUGUUCCUUCUACUUGAAAUGCCUGUUUCCUUCCCUUCUAGUUGCACCUUUCCAUCCAGGUAGGAAUCAGCUCCUUGGUUCAUGGAGCCUUUUCUGCUCUGUUUUACUAUGGAUGGACUUCCUUCUGAAUUAGCAGAGGAUGUUUCCUAGCUUGGUCUUAACCCUUGUCCUUUUGUUUGACCUCAAUUUACUCAUCUUACAAAUUAGGUUGUAAGCUAAUUGAAUACAGGAUCUAUGCUUCACUCUGAUUUUAUCUCCACCUGGAUAGCAUCAUUUUUGACACACAAGCAGGCAUAUGGGAGGGGAGAGAAGUUUGGUGCCAGAAAGAACUGGAUUUGAAUUCUAACCCUGUUAUUUACGUAUGGACAGAUUUGUUCUCAAAAUGUUUGUGGCAAUUCAAAACACCAGUAAAGCAGGGGAGAUAUGUAUUUUGGAAAAGCACCCAAGGCGAUUCUGAAGUGUAGCCCAGGAUAAGAACCAUUGCCCAGAGCUGUUCCAGAUGGCCCCUGGGUUCCUGAAAGGCAAACUCUCUCUCCCUGGGGGAAGUUCCUCCAAGGCCUCUAUAUAAGAAGUCUUUGUGAGAGGAAGCAAAGAAGGACCUGGGCUUUGGGAAGAUCUAAAGACCCAGGAAGGUCUCUGGGUGGGAUAAAGCCAAGAUGAAACUCCCCCUACUUCUGGCUCUUCUAUUUGGGGCAGUUUCUGCUCUUCAUCUAAGGUCUGAGACUUCCACCUUUGAGACCCCUUUGGGUGCUAAGACGCUGCCUGAGGAUGAGGAGACACCAGAGCAGGAGAUGGAGGAGACCCCUUGCAGGGAGCUGGAGGAAGAGGAGGAGUGGGGCUCUGGAAGUGAAGAUGCCUCCAAGAAAGAUGGGGCUGUUGAGUCUAUCUCAGUGCCAGAUAUGGUGGACAAAAACCUUACAUGUCCUGAGGAAGAGGACACAGUAAAAGUGGUGGGCAUCCCUGGGUGCCAGACCUGCCGCUACCUCCUGGUGAGAAGUCUUCAGACGUUUAAUCAAGCUUGGUUUACUUGCCGGAGGUGCUACAGGGGCAACCUGGUUUCCAUCCACAACUUCAAUAUUAAUUAUCGAAUCCAGUGUUCUGUCAGCGCGCUCAACCAGGGUCAAGUCUGGAUUGGAGGCAGGAUCACAGGCUCAGGUCGCUGCAGACACUUUCAGUGGGUUGACGGCAGCCGCUGGAACUUUGCGUACUGGGCUGCUCACCAGCUCUGGUCCCGCGGUGGUCACUGCGUGGCCCUGUGUACCCGAGGAGGCCACUGGCGUCGAGCCCACUGCCUCAGAAGACUUCCUUUCAUCUGUUCCUACUGAGCUGGUCCCAGCCAGCAGUUCAGAGCUGCCCUCUCCUGGGCAGCUGCCUCCCCUCCUCUGCUUGCCGUCCCUCCCUCCACCUCCCUGCAAUAAAAUGGGUUUUACUGAAACGGA